ACCUAGAAGGAGUAUUUCUCUGACAGAAGUUAGGGAGUCUCAUCUGCAUCCACUGAAUUAGAAGUAUCUUCAGUCCAGAGGACCCUCUCUUCUCACUCUGCAACCAGAAGACUUCAGCAACCUAUCCAGCAGCAUGACUCCUCGGUCUCUCCUCCUGUCCCUCCUGGUUCUCAUGUGUUUCUUCAGCACUUCUCAAGGCGGUCCCAUGUGCAACAACGAUUGCUGUCGUUUCGUGGAGGGCUUCCCUGUCAGACUCAGACAACUCAGAGAAGACUAUUCUCGGAUAAAAGACUUCUAUGAAGCAAACGAUGACCUGGACUCAGCGCUGCUUGACCAGACUGUGGAGGACUCUUUUAAGAGCCCGUUUGCCUGCCAAGCCAUGAACAGUAUUUUGGACUUUUACCUGAGGACAGUGCUGCCGACGGCCGUGUCCGAAGUGACUGAUGACAUCAAGGACUUAAAGCCUCACGUGGAGUCCAUACAGCAGAUUUUCGACGUGCUCAAGAGUGAUGUCAUCAAAUGUAGACACUACUUUUCCUGCAAGAAAGCAUUUGACAUCCAAACCCUAAAUUCUUCAUACACUCAGAUGCAGAGUAAAGGUCUGUUCAAGGCCAUGGGUGAACUGGACCUGCUGUUUAACUACAUUGAAACAUAUCUGGCAUCUAAAAGGCGUAGAAACAUGGGCUCCGUUUAAAGACUUGCUGACUCUAAUCAGAAUAGGACUAUGUUCAUUUCAAUGGAAUGAAAAGGACUGCUCCUGACUCUUAGACUUAUUUGCAUUUGGUUUAUUACUUUCAAAGCAAUAAGUAUCAUAUAUCUGCUAAGCCUUUGUCUUUAUUGUUGUAAGACGUGAGUUGACCUUUUUGUCCUAAGGACAAGUUUUU